UAACGCUUUACAGCACCAGCGACCUAGGUUAAAGUCUGGCCAAUGUCUGUAAGGAGUUUGUGUGGGUUUCCUCCGGGUGCUCUGGUUUCCUCCCACAUUCCAAAGACAUACGGGUUAGGAAGUUGCGGGCACGGUGUGUCGGCGCCGGAAGCGUGGCGACACUUGCGGGCCGCCCCCAGAGCACUCUACGCAAAAAAGAUGCAUUUCACCGCGUGUUUCGAUGUACAUGUGACUAAUAAAGAUGUCUUAUCUGAUGUCCGGGGUGGGUGGGGUCUUUGAUCAUGUUGGCUGCUUUACCGAGGCAGCGAGAAGUGUAGACGGAGGGGAGGCUGGUGUCCGUGAUGCGCUGGGCUGGGUCCAUAACUCUCUGUAGUUUCUUGCGGUCCCGGGCAGAGCAGUUGCCGUAGCAGGAUAUGAUGCAUCUGGAUAGGAUGCUUUCUAUGGUGCAUCAAAUAAAAAUUGGUGAUGGUCAAAGGGGACAUGCCAGAUUUCUUUAGCCUGCUGAGGAGGGAGAAGUGCUGGUGAGCUGUCCUGGCCUGCCUUUCCUUACUAGAAGGACACCACCUCCAGACAGGGGGGGACCACCAGCCCAGGCAGCUCCACCGAUCGCCCUGCCGGACAUCGAUUGGCCGGCCUGGGUCGAUCGAGCCGCUCACCGGGAUCGACUGGUCGCGCCUGGAGUGCGGCGGCGGCGGCGGCGGCGGCGGCGCCGCUGUCCCAGAAUGCAGCGGGGCGCCUGAAGAUGGCGGAGCGUCACCUGGAGGAGUUGGAGAAGGAGGCGGGCGGUGGCCCGGCGCUGCUCCCCGAGGAUGUCAAGAUUCAAAGCCACUACGGUCAUAGCUAUAAUGAUUCGCUGGCAAGAAAGAGUCACAUUGAUGACUACAGCACUUGGGACAUCGUCAAAGCCACACAGUAUGGAAUAUUUGACCGCUGUCGAGAGCUUGUGGAGGCAGGUUAUGAUGUACGACAACCUGAUAAAGAAAAUGUAACGCUUCUUCACUGGGCUGCUAUCAAUAACAGAAUUGAUCUGAGCAGAUACUACAUUUCAAAGGGUGCAAUUGUGGAUCAACUGGGAGGAGACCUGAAUUCUACCCCUCUCCACUGGGCAACAAGGCAGGGCCAUUUGUCCAUGGUUGUACAUCUAAUGAAGUAUGGAGCCGAACCCUCACUGAUCGAUGGAGAAGGCUGUAGUUGUAUUCACCUGGCUGCUCAGUUUGGGCACACGUCCAUUGUUGCAUACCUGAUCGCCAAAGGGCAGGAUGUGGACAUGAUGGACCAGAAUGGGAUGACACCAUUGAUGUGGGCUGCUUAUAGAACACACAGCGUGGACCCUACAAGACUGCUGCUCACGUUUAAUGUGUCAGUGAAUCUUGGGGACAAGUACCACAAGAACACAGCAUUACACUGGGCAGUGCUGGCAGGAAACACCACGGUGAUCAGUUUGUUGCUAGAAGCUGGAGCUAACGUGGACUCUCAGAAUAUCAAGGGUGAAACUCCAUUAGAUCUUGCUAAACAGCGGAAGAAUGUUUGGAUGAUUAGUCAUUUACAAGAAGCCAGGCAGGCAAAAGGCUUUGAUAGCCCUUCGUUCCUAAAGAGGCUGAAAGCAGACAAGGAAUUUCGUCAGAAGGUGAUGCUGGGGACUCCGUUUUUGGUGAUUUGGUUGGUGGGAUUCAUAGCUGAUCUUGACAUUGACUCCUGGCUAAUAAAGGGGUUAAUGUACGGUGGAGUCUGGGCACUGGUGCAGUUCCUUUCAAAGUCCUUCUUCGAUCACUCUAUGCACAGUGCUCUUCCUCUUGGAAUCUAUCUGGCAACCAAAUUCUGGAUGUACGCUACUUGGUUCUUCUGGCUAUGGACUGAUCUUCCAGUUCUGUCAGUCCACCUCCCAUUCCUUGUCAACAGUGUAGGGCUGUUCUAUAAUUUUGGUAAGUCGUGGAAAUCAGACCCAGGAGUAAUCAAAGCCACGGAAGAGCAGAAGAAAAAGGGCCUGGUGUGUGAGGUUUUGUAUGUUUUGAGGACCAAUAUGAGAUCUCCAGGCAAAAUUGACAGAGAAACCAGUGGUCGUCAUAAUGAUUGUAGCGGACAGAUCGCAGAGAGGGAGAGAUUCCAGACAAUAGUGGAACUGGCUGAAUCUGGCCAUCUGGAUCUUAGCAUCUUUUGCAGCACUUGUUUGAUCCAGAAACCUGUUCGGUCCAAACACUGUGCCGUGUGCAACAGGUGCAUUGCCAAGUUCGAUCACCACUGCCCAUGGGUUGGUAAUUGCGUGGGAGCAGGAAAUCACAGAUACUUCAUCGGUUACCUGUUCUUCUUACUGGGAAUGAUAAUUUGGAUGAUUUAUGGCUGUUUCUUCUACUGGAGCAUCCACUGUGAAACAAACUACCCCAAGGAAGGACUGUGGACGUACCUAACUGAGAUCGCCAGCUGCUCUCCGUGGGUUUUCUGGAUGUUUCUGAACAGUCUCUUUCACUUCUUGUGGGUGGCCGUGUUACUCAUGUGUCAGAUGUAUCAGAUCGCUUGUCUUGGGAUAACUACAAAUGAAAGGAUGAAUGCAAGGCGCUACAAGCACUUUAAGGUUACAACAACCACUAUUGAAAGUCCCUUCAACCAUGGUUGCAUUAGGAAUAUCAUAGACUUCUUUGAAUUUAGAUGUUUUGGUCUCUUUCGCCCUGUAAUGGUGGACUGGACACAUCAGUAUACAAUAGAGUAUGACCAGACGUCAGGCACUGGUUAUCAGCUUGUGUAGUGGAAUCAGCACCCACAACGAAUCAUCGCCACAGUCAACUCUUCGAACUGGUGCCUGACAAAUUUCCUUCCUAUUUCGUCUCCAAUAUUAGCGAUCCAAAUAACGUUGCUACGAGGAGCUCCUGUCCUGUGGUUCCCUUCUGGACCCUUUGCAAACAGAAAUUAAACAGGGACAGUCUCACUGCCUGUUUCUACCACCCCUACCCCUCGCUCCCAACACCCCAUUACGAUCAAAGUCUGUUAUAAGCUGACGGCAGAAAGAAAACCUUUAUAUACAUAUAUAUAUAUACAUAUAUUAAAAAAAAGACUGCUUUUUGCCAGAAUUAGUUUUUAACAUAAUGUUCUGUUUGUCUCCGAUUUUGGAGCAGAAGCAACAAUGAGUGCAAAUGCCAGAACCUUGAUUCUGGCCCAUCGCUUCGAGAAAUGGUUGGCCUUUAACUUGCCACGCACACCCGGAGUGUGCGGAAAUGCAUCCUGUUUCGAUUGUGCUUCUUGUUGAGCUUUGGUACUUUGAAUUUCGUAGAGGGAUGUCAGAAAUCAAUAUCCACAAUCAUGUGCAAAGGUAAAAAACUCAACCCCUUUGCUUGAGGCAUUGAUUAUUUUAAGUACCUUUUCUUUCCUGUUUUAAAUCAUGGUUUUAAAAUAUGAGUUGAUAAGUUCUCAUAGCUCAGAGUGAUUAGGUGUUAGCGGAAACUUGCGGGCUCUCUCCCCAGUGUGCUCGCAAUUGGGGGAGUUUGCUCAGCUAAAGGCAGUCCUCGGGACAGUGAGCUUUGGAACAGGUGAGGUUGGGGUGGGCAGUGAGGGGAAGGGAGAACGGGGAGGUUGGUAUCACUCAUUUUCCAUCACCAGCAUCACAUCCCCUGCAGAUCAGUCACACAGGUGCAAAAGCAGUCACGGACUCUUCUCUCCCGUGCAGUCUGAACAAGUGCGGGGUGGUGAGUGGCUCUUGGUGGGAGGUUUAUUGAAGAGAUUAUCCUUUCUUGCUUUUAUGAAAAGGAGUCCCAACCUAGAGCACUAUAAUGUUUUCUACAGCCACUUUAGGUUUAGUUCAUGAAUGUCUGUCUACUACUCCCUGGAAACUAGUCACGUUUACAGACAGUUGUGAGUUUGCUGAGGUACCAGGCUCAAAAACCUGUGCAAAAUACUUUUAACCAACUCCUUGAGCCAGUGUAAAGAUUAGUUGUAUGUGUACAUAAAUUAUUUAUCAACGAGUUUUACCAGUGCGUAUAUUUGUCAGUGUUAGUUUGGAGCUGCAAACUUAAUUUUCAACUCCACCAGGAGAAGAAAAGAAGUGUAGGAAUGUAGUUCAUUUGCUUCUGGUGCUGCUGUUGAUAGUUCAUCAACCCACUCAACUCUGCAUGACUGAUGCUUGGCAAAAAAAUUAAAUUAAAAAAAAAAGCUCCCUAGACUGUAGGAGUUACAGCAUCACAUCAGCUUACAGUGAAGUGUUCUCAGCUUUCUUCCUCCAGCAGGAAGAUCAGUGAAUUUGUAAAUAGUGAGUGUCCUGUGUUUGCAAAGUGCAAGACUUUCUGGUCGCUGUUUACUUUGUAGUGGAAACUACGCAUAGUUUGUGUGCAUCGUACCAUAAUAUCAAGAAUUGCAGUAUUGUAAUAUUAGUUAACUUGAAUGUCUUACCAGGUUUUGGGGAUAAAAACACAGUAACACCUCUGCCACAGAUCUGAGUGUGUGGUUUGUGCUCCAUGGGAUAUGGCAUCUCAUUGGUGAGACUCUCUGGGUGUAGAGCUUGUGCACUCCGUUUCAAUCUUUGCCUGGUGGGCCAUGGAGAACCAGGAUCAGGCGGAGAGUAAACAGGGCAUUCGUUGCCCUCUUCUGCCACUUCCCAAGAUGAAUUUGUGUCCCUCUGAGGUUUAACACUGGUAUUUAUCACAACCACUUUCCUUUUGUACUCCUGACUUUGGAAUAACUUGUUAUUUCUCCCCACUUUGAAAUCUACGAUAUCUGUCCUGGCUUACUUUUUUGGUUAUGUGUGCGUACGCAAUAGAGUUUCAUAUUCGCAAGUAAUUAAGUUUCAUGUUCCACUAAUAAUAGGGGAAGCACUACAUUCUGCAGAUUGUGAAUACUUUUUUGUUUUUGUAUUACAUUAUUUAUAACUGUGCCAAGUGUUAUUUUGCUACUAUCUGGUCCCUUUAUGUACAAUGUGGAGAACAAAAUAUAGGACUGUACUAUGCUCAAAUUAAAAACUGUUCAUACAAUGAUUGGUUCGGUCUGUCAAACUUUGUAAAUUAUUGACCUAAUAAACAAGAUUCAUCUCGCCGUUCAUCGCAAUUAACAAUAACUUGCUGUUUUUAGGGUUUUAUUGUGUCUGCAUUGUAACAGGUUGUAAUUCCAAUACAUCACCAGUUAUGUUAUUAGAUCCUCUUUGUAAUUUUUAAUUGCUCCACAGCUCUGGUUUAUUCUUCCGAACUUUCUCAACCUUGAGCUGGUGUUUUCCACCUACGUUGUCCCAGCAUGCGCUGGAUGAGCCUGUCGGCCUGGUGAUAGCACCAGCUUUCCUUCUGUCUGCAGGCUUUCAUGGCCUGGGGCGUGCCCAGUUUGUUGUUGGCUGGCCCAUAAAAAGCCGAGGGCCCCCUCCUCCCCUUCACCCAUUAGCCACCUGAUGCAAUUGUUGACUCCACAGGAUUGGCAGUCUCUGUCUCUGAGGGCGCACUCCAGUGGUGUGAGCACCAAAUCUCAGCUGAUGCUUCAGUGCUGUGUUGUCAAAGGUGCCACCUCUCAGGUUGGUUAAAUCAAAGCUUGCUGCCCUUUGGGAUCAAUGUGAAAGGUCCUACAGCACUUUGUGAAGAAGAGCAGGGUUAUCCCUGUGCCCUGUCCAAUAGUUAUCUGUUAAUCACCAUUACUGAACCAGAUUACACCCUUAGUAUUGCCUCGCUGCUUUAUAGGAGCACAAACUGGUAUUUG